CCAACAUGUUAUAAAUUCUUUUUUUUCUUUAUUUUCUUUUUCUUUUUUCUUUUCUCCCCCCUUUUUUUAUUUUUAUUUUCCUCUUUCUAUUUUAUUUAUUUCUUCUCUUUGGAAAAAAAAAAAUAGAAAGAUGGCAGAAACAUUUCAUGGUUAUAUCGAAACGACACAGGAUGUAUUACUUAUUUUUGAAGGAUGCAGAAGAGGGUUAAUUCCUAGAGUAUCUAGAAGACUACAAGAAAAGGAACGACGCAUGAUACGAUCAGGCUCAGUUUUUGUUUUCGAUGAACGAGAGUCAGGUAUCAAACGAUGGACGGAUGGGCUUGUAUGGAGUCCAUCUCGUAUACUUGGUAACUUUUUGAUCUAUCGUGAAUUAGACAAACGAGUGCCUGGUGACAAGAAACUUUCCAUUUCUUCUGCCGGUUCAGCUUCUUCUUCUGGCGUGGAUAACCGACAACGCAGUUACAGUGCGGACCAAAGUGUAUUGACGUGUACCAUGUCGAACGACCGUAACCGUGAGCGUCGAUUGGUGGGUAGCCUAUCGGAUUCGUACCGUUUCCGUAAGGAUGGACUUAUCAAAAAGACCAUGUCUAUUAUUGUUCAUGGCGUGGCUCAACAUUUGAUCUCGUAUUAUCUCCCCAACGAUAUUAUUUCCAGUAAAUUACGCACACCUUCUUCCGUGCCCGAAUUAGCAAGUCUCGAAAUAUCGCCUGAUUUGCUCAUCAAGCAAAACUUUCGGAUUCCUCCCAUGGUUGAACCUCCUCCCUUUGAUCAAAAUGACGCUACUUUGACAGAUAAUCUGUAUUCGGACGAUAGACGCAUUCACCCCUUUCGUAGUAUGUCAUUAGGAUCCAAUAAAUACGCCACUUUGCCUGUCGUCAAUCAAAGUGUGAUGUAUCCAACCUCUUUAGGGCAACGCAUGGAGAUGGACGAUGGUAGUAAAAUGAACAACUAUUAUGGAAACCAUACGACGACAACGACGACCGCUAGUAGCAACAACAGCCAUAUGUAUCAUAGUAACAAUCAAGCGCCACAUCAACAUCCUCAUCAUCAUCAUUUCCCACCUCCGUUACCUUCACCCGCUAGUAUGACUUCAUCCCCCAAUACACCCAUGUUAUCACCUGUACGACAAUCGUUCUCGCAGCCACCUCGACAUUAUAGUAUGUCGUCUAGCUCGUCCGGGUCUAUCCAGAGGUAUAAUGGGGGUCGUAACAGUAGUUUUGAUAUGAUGCCACAAGUGGUUCAUCCACACAUGAUACCCGGGGUGGACGAUACGACUACUGCUAGCAUGAAAAAUGACGAGUCCAGCCAGCAACAACAGCAACAACAACAACAUCAGGCUAGCCCACAUAUAGGCCAAUUAUUAAAUCCAGUCCAUCCUCUUGUGAAAUCCGAAGCGGACACGAAUGUGAAUAAUAAUAAUAAUAAUACACAGCUGUUUAUGGGUAUGUCCAAUUAUCCAGAUUAUCACCAUGACAGUAAAUUACCCUCGAUUCCAAAUAAUAAUAAUGGAUAUCAAUCUUCUCCCAACACAUAUAAUAACUACUAUAUCCAAAGACCUCAACAACAGCAGCAGCAGCAGCAACAACAACAACAACAGCAACAGCAGCAACAUCAUCAACAACAACACCAGCAGCAGCACCAGCAGCAGCACCAACAGCAACAACAGCAGCACCAGCAGCAGCAGCAUCAGCAACAACAAUCAUUGACUAAUACCCACUCUUCUGUAACCAACAAUAUUGUUCCAAUGUUUCGAAACGGAAUGGUUCAACCUCAACCCUCCUCCAUGUACGACGAUGCGCAAAAUGGACCGGAACUCGGAAUGGAACCCCUUAUGUUGAAAUAAAUUAAGGGGUUUUUUUUAGCGGGGACGAAUCGUUUAUUCUAUUUCUCUCUUUUUUAUAUCUUUUGUAUUUUCUGUCUAUUUCUUUUUUUUUGCUAGUUUCCCUUUUUUUUUUUCUUUCUUAUUUAUUUAUAUAUAUACAUAUACACACAACCCAAACAACAACAGCCCUUUUUUUUUUUUUUUGUUAUAAAAAAAUAAAAAAAAAUAACCCAUUCUCCCUCUUUAUAGUGUACUUUUUUUUUUUUUUU